CUUCCAGGAAGAAUUUCUAAUGCGCACAACCGUUGAAAUCGCGAGUAAAAUCAGGGUCUCUCUCUCGCUCGCUCGCGCGCGUCGGAGGAAGAAAAGAAACGAAAGAGGUUUCAUCCAAAAAAGAAACCCGUUUUAUUCUGACUGACACAUUGGUCCGCAACCAUGAUGCUUUUCGCAGUCCGAUCCUUCUCCCUCUUCGUCUUCUUCCUCUUCCUUCUCUUCGCUUCUCCGGCCUUCGCUUCCGAGUCGGAUCACAAGUAUCAACAAGAUGAUCUGGUUACACUUUGGGUAAAUAAAGUUGGCCCUUAUAAUAAUCCACAAGAAACAUAUAACUAUUACAGCCUUCCAUUCUGCCAACCACCUGGCAAUUCUGCUCAUAAGUGGGGUGGCCUUGGUGAGGUUCUCGGUGGAAAUGAACUCAUUGACAGCCAGAUUGACAUAAAGUUCCAGAAAAAUGUGGACAGAGCUACCAUUUGUGAACUUGCACUGGAUGCAGCAAAGGUUAAGCAAUUCAAGGAUGCAAUUGAAAAUACAUAUUGGUUUGAAUUCUUCAUGGAUGAUCUGCCUUUAUGGGGCUUUGUUGGUGAUCUGCAUCCUGAUAAAAACAGUGAUAGUGGCAAGCAUGUUCUUUUCACACACAAGAACAUUGUUGUCAAAUACAAUAGAGAUCAGAUUAUUCAUGUUAAUCUCACUCAAGAAACCCCUAAACCCUUGGAAGUGGGAAAGAAAUUGGACAUGACCUACUCUGUCAAAUGGAUUCCAACAAAUGUCACUUUUGCACGACGUUUUGACAUUUACCUAGACUACCCUUUCUUUGAGCACCAGAUUCAUUGGUUCUCCAUUUUCAAUUCUUUCAUGAUGGUUAUCUUCCUUACUGGUUUGGUCUCAAUGAUAUUGAUGAGAACUCUUAGAAAUGAUUAUGCAAAAUAUGCACGAGAAGAUGAUGAUCUGGAGACUCUGGAAAGAGAUGUAAGUGAGGAAUCAGGUUGGAAACUUGUCCAUGGGGAUGUUUUUCGUCCUCCGCGCAACUUGGUUUUACUAUCAGCAGUUGUUGGCACAGGUGCUCAACUUACAAUGCUUGUUCUCCUUGUCAUCUUAUUGGCGAUCAUCGGAAUGUUGUAUGUUGGUCGUGGAGCAAUUGUGACAACUUUCAUAGUAUGUUAUGCUCUUACGUCGUUCAUUUCGGGCUAUGUGAGUGGUGGACUCUACUCACGCAAUGGUGGUAAAAACUGGAUAAAAUCGAUGAUUCUCACAGCAUCCCUUUUCCCGUUUAUGUGCUUUGGCAUUGGUUUCAUACUAAACACAAUUGCCAUAUUCUAUGGAUCCCUAGCAGCUAUUCCUUUUGGCACAAUGGUUGUUGUGUUUGUAAUUUGGGCUUUCAUCUCUUUCCCUCUUGCACUUCUUGGUACUGUUGUUGGAAGGAACUGGAGUGGUGCUCCAAACAAUCCCUGCCGUGUGAAGACUAUUCCACGCCCUAUCCCUGAGAAGAAAUGGUAUCUCACACCUUCUGUUGUCUCUCUAAUGGGAGGCCUUCUUCCAUUUGGUAGCAUCUUCAUUGAGAUGUAUUUUGUAUUCACAUCCUUCUGGAAUUACAAGGUGUACUAUGUUUAUGGAUUUAUGUUGCUGGUAUUCCUAAUUCUCAUUGUUGUUACCGUUUGUGUCACAAUUGUGGGAACAUAUUUCUUGCUAAAUGCCGAGAACUAUCACUGGCAAUGGACUUCAUUCUUCUCUGCUGCAUCAACAGCUAUCUAUGUUUAUCUCUAUUCCAUAUACUACUACUAUGUCAAGACAAAAAUGUCAGGCUUCUUUCAGACCAGCUUCUAUUUUGGAUACACAUUGAUGUUUUGCCUUGGGCUAGGAAUUCUCUGUGGAGCUGUAGGUUAUCUUGGCUCUACAUUGUUUGUGCGGAGGAUUUACAGAAACAUAAAAUGUGACUAGUGAAGAUCCAGAAGACAGUACCCUGGUACUGCUUGCUCGUCGAGACUCAAGUAUCAUAAAGGAAGCAUGGCCACCCAAUGGGCUCCUAGCAAUGUUUAAAAAUGGAAAUCAUGGGGUUACAAGGGUGUUUUGUUUUUUUGGUCUCUGGCUUGGGGGAGGCUUUGCAUUUUUUUCCUGGCUGUAAGUGAAAGCCUUCUUUAAUUAAAUUAGAAGUGCAGAGAUUGUGUUAUAACCUAGAAAGUUAACAUGGACGACUCAUUUGCCAUUUAGCUUUUGUGUUACGUAAUUACACUUGGCCUAAAGGCUGCAACAGUUUAUUUUUAUAUCGUGCUUCUCCAUUGAUAGAGAUACUGCUAUGUAACAAUUUCUUCACAAUUUUUUUUUUUUUAA